GAGAUCAGCUGUCUCUUUUUUAAUUAAUUAAGGCAUUAAUUAAUGGGUGUAUUGCGCGUGUAGGGGGAUCUCUCCCUUUCACUCUAAGAGGCUUCUUUACACCAUCCAUCGUAUCCUCCUUAGCUUCCUUUCUGUAGCUAGCUUGCUCCCAUUUCUUGGUCGACUUCUUCUAGGUCUAGCUAGGUCUAGAGAGACGUCUGCGUGUGUGUGUGGGAUCCAUGAGCGCGAGCAAUUCCGGGUCCGGGGACAGCAUGGAGUGGGGACGGGGAAGGUCCACCACCAGGACGAAGGGCAAGAGAGGCGGCGGCGGCUCCGACAAGCCGAGGCAGCCGCAGCGAGGGCUCGGCGUUGCGCAGCUGGAGAAGAUCAGGAUCCAGAGCGAGAUGGCGGAGUACUUGCACCACCCUCUUGCCCAGCAGCCGCCUCAUCCGAUCCACAGAACUGGUAGCUUCAACUCGGAAGAGUUGCGGCUGUCUCACUCGGUGCCUUCUUCGUCUCCGUCCUCCACCUUCCAUGCCAACAACAUGGGUGUUUCGUCGUCGUCCUACCCAAUCCAUCGUCCGACUCAUCAUCGUCUUGCGAUGGCAUAUGGAGAGAGAUCUGCUGGAGGAGACGACAUGAGAUAUGGUGAAUUUCAAACAAAUCCCAUCGUCAGCAGGUCACCAAAUAAUUACUAUGGCGCUACCUUUGGUUCGGAAGCACAUUAUCCACAUCCAAGCAAUGCCACAUUGCCUCUCUUCAAACCUCGGGAAUCAAUUUGCUUGAACAGGCCGUAUUAUUACGAUCUAAAUCAAACCGCAGACUCGUCGUCGAGCUUAGACGACGAUCAGGAGGUAGACCUUGAGCUCAAGCUAUGAUGAUACAUGCAUGCUGCUGGCCCUCUCUUCUACCAUACCCUCCCAGUUAAGCUACACAUAUAUAUAUACUACCUGAUUGUUUCUGCCACAAGAGAACUAAACGGGCUUGCAGUAGUCUUGUGUGAACUGCAUGAGAUGCAUGCAUAUAUAUACAAGAAAAAGAUAUAUAUAUGCACACACAUGUGCAAAUUCUUUGAUUGAUCACGUACGGUGUGUGACGUUGUGUAACCGACUUGCGGAAACGAUCAAGCACGUACAAGCUGGGUUUAUUUGGUUGAUAUAUGCUGGCUACCUAAUUAUUAUCUGUACAAUAUAUAUAAUAUACUCACAUACUGUGUA